CGAAAUGGUGAUGAAAAAUAUCGAAAAAGUAAAAAACCCGAUGACGAUGAUGAUGCUUAUGAUGUUGAUGACGAUGUUCGUCAGAGCAGAACCUCAAAUAAAAAACCUGACACCAAAUUCAAGAGCAAAAAUGAUGACAAUGAUGAAGAUGAUGCCAGUGCGAGUAGGUUGUUGAAACCGUCAGGAAACUGGAAAGCCAGCAAGCCCGCUGACGCAAUAAAAUCUAGAAAUUACAUUAACUUGUGGGAUGUUGCAGUUGAAAGAAUGAACUCUAAAGAAAAAAACAUGACGAAAAAUGAACACGAAAAAUCAGUUGUAUUUCUGGGAGGUAAAAGUUCUGGUAAAACGUCGAUCAUUUUGAGGUUUCUGGAAAGGCCUGAUGAUCAAGCCAAGCCAACUGUUGGAGUUGAGUAUGUCUACGCUCGGAUGAACAAAAGUAAUUCUAUGGGCAAGGACAUUGGGCACGUAUGGGAGGUCGGGGGUGGCGUACUAAUGUCCAAACUUAUCGAAUCUGUCAUCGAUAAUAAAAAUAUCAGUUCAACGGGAAUCGUUCUAACUGUCGACCUCAGCCAGCCGAAACGAUUGUGGACAGUUCUGGAGCACUGGCUCAGAGUUCUGAAGUCACGUGUUGAUGACGUCAUCAAACAUGGCGACGACGGCAAGAAUGGACGAAUUAGAGAAAGAUUGCUGGAAGCCGCAAGGAUGAAAUAUAAGGAAGACCAUCCUGAUCUCGACCUACUGGAUCUAUUCCCACUGCCCAUCACCAUUGUCUGUACUAAGUACGAUACAUUCCAGAAUUUUGAAAGCGAGGAGCGGAAAGUCAUAUGUAGGACGCUACGAUUUCUGGCUCACACUAUUGGCGCACACCUGCAAUUCUGCAGUACCAUGAAAUGCGAAGGUUUGGUGUCGAGGGUGAAAGGCCUCAUCAGCAAUCUACUUUUCAACACCGAAAUUGCUCCCUCACAACAGACGGCUCAUAACAAACCAUUGAGUGUAACAGCCGGACAAGACACUAUGCAAGAUAUCGGUAUGCCACCAAUACCAGAUGGGGACGUUGGUAAACUCUCGGCCAGGACGCCAAUGGAGUUAUGGAAAUACGCCUACACUAAGUAUUUUCCACAAGAGGAUAUAAUGAUAUCGUCAUCAUCAUCAUCAUCGGUAAAGGAUCCUUCCAAGGAUAUCCAGUACAAAGAAGUCGAAAUCGAUGCCCUGAAGAUGCAAAAAGAUCAAGAAUUGAUGAAAUACAUGAAGACAUUAGAGAGACAAGAUGAAUUGAGAUCCCUCUAAUCAACCAAGAUAUUAUUAUUAUUAUUAUUAUUAUUAUUGUUAUUAUUAUUAUUGCUAUUUAUAUACGCAGUUAACUUUGUUUUAGUUAACUUAUCUUUUCGAUUCAUUUGAUUUUAAAUUUUGAUUUAAAAUGAUUAA